AUGGGCGCCAACGCGGAGACGGUGUAUCGCGACAAGCGUGGACGUAAGCUGGACAUGCUCAACGAGAUGGUUCGGCAGCAAGAGAUCUUGGACGGCAAGCGCAAGCGCGAGGAGCGUGAAGAGUACGAGUGGGGGACAGGCGAAGUGCAGAAGCGUGAGCGGAAGUCCCAGCAGGAGCUGCUGGAGGAGAUGAAGAAGACGCCAUUCGCCCGCCAUGACGACGACGAAGAGCUGGAACGCAAACGUCGUGAGCGCGUGCGUGCUUUCGACCCCAUUAACAGCAAAUUUUUCCAGGAGGACCCGCUGGCGGAAGGCAAGAGCAAGAAGAAGAAGAAGAGCAAGAAGGACAAGAAGAAGGCCACCAAGGCAAAGCCCAAGUACGCAGGCCCGCCUGCUCCACCCAACCGCUUCGGAAUCGCUCCCGGCUACCGCUGGGAUGGGGUUGUGCGCGGAACGAACUGGGAGGAAAAGAUAAUGAUGCGGCAGAAUGCCAACGCGGCCGUCAGCGAGGAAGCCUACAAGUACGCCGUUGCAGACAUGUAA